AUGGGAGCGGAAGAUAUAGUGGAUCUCCUCACAUUAAUUAGACUAAUUCUGAAGGGAAAAUUGCUAUCCAUCAAGACUCCCUUUUAAGAGAUGAAGAGAACUGGAAGAGUUGCUAUGUGGCAUACUGGCUUACUUCAGGUCAUACUUUAAGGACUCACUUUGAGAGAGGUGAAUAAAAUACUAUUAGAAGAUGAAAUAUUGUAUGAAAAAGGCAUGACUUGCUAAAACAUAUACAUAGUUUUAAAAAGGUUCUGUGAUGAUGAAGUCGGUUCUCAUAUUAUGAAAAGGGAUUGGGUUCUUUGCUUUUCAUAUGCUAAUUUAUUAGGAGAUGGCAAAUGCAAAUGA